AACAGAGCCGACCCUUCUUCCGUCACUCUUGAACAAACCCACUCCCGGACUUCAACCCAGUUAGCCCGCAAAAUACCGUCAACAUGUCUUGGUUCGGCGUCACCCCCCUCAAGAAGUUCCCCGCCCCCGUCUUGGGGCCGAUGGCUCCCUUCUUCGCUGCCGGUCUGGUCAUCGCCUACGGUAUCAACUCUCUCCAGGGCGCUCUCAUGCAGUCCGAUGAGUGGAAGAACGACCCCCGCAACAUCUACGCCAAGAACAAGGCCGCCACCCACUAAGCGAUUCCUUUGAAAGAAUGGAGGCGACGGUGUGAUGAUGCA